GAAAAGGUUGAGCCGCGCGUGAAAUUCGAUUUGUAAUAAAUAAAUAUAUUGAAUAAAGUGAAGUAAAUAUAUGUGUUUGAGUGUUUGAUUCACGAAAUGAAGCAACUGCUUUACGGCAAUAAAUGAAAAUAAGUGCAAGAAUUGCUAAAUAAAUCGUUUUUCAAAGGUAAUCGAAGAUAUCGCCAAAAUUGAUUUCCGUCGCAUAAAAAUCUUUUCAUCAAAACUGGAUUAUAAUAAAUCCGUUGAUAUUGGAACGCAGCAGGAAAACAACUCUGGUGUAACCAACAAAAUGGUCAAGCGCACCGACGGCACAGUAUCUCCCAUCCUGGCUGAAGACGGUGGCGAUGGACAAGAUAAACCUCGUUUGCGAUAUGGCGAAUUAGUGAUACUUGGCUACAAUGGCUACUUGCCACAGGGCGAUCGUGGCCGUCGACGCUCCAAAUUUGUGCUCCACAAGCGCACGGAGCCGAGCGGCGUCAAGCGCUCCAAGCACUACAUCGUACAAUCGCCACAGACAUCGAAGGCCAUACUGGAUGCCAACCAGCACUCAAUAUCAUACACACUCUCACGCAAUCAGGCGGUCAUAGUCGAGUACAAGGAGGACACGGAAACUGAUAUGUUCCAGGUGGGACGCUCCUCGGAAUCGCCAAUUGAUUUUGUGGUCAUGGACACGCUGCCCGGUGAUAAAAAGGAUGCUAAAGUGAUGCAGAGCACAAUUUCACGUUUCGCCUGCCGCAUUCUGGUUAAUCGCUGUGAGCCCGCCAAGGCGAGAAUCUUUGCCGCCGGCUUUGAUUCAAGUAGAAAUAUAUUUCUGGGCGAGAAGGCCACCAAGUGGCAGGACAAUGUUGAAAUUGAUGGUCUAACCACCAAUGGUGUCUUAAUCAUGCAUCCCAAGGGCUCGUUCUGUGGCGGCAACGCCAAGUGCGGCCUUUGGCGCGAGUGCUCCGUGGGCGGCGAUGUCUUCAGUCUGCGCGAAUCGCGUUCAGCACAACAAAAGGGACAGCCCAUCUACGAUGAGUGCAACAUCUUGCAGGACGGCACGCUUAUUGAUCUCUGCGGUGCAACGCUGCUCUGGCGUUCAGCCGAGGGCUUGCAACAUUCACCGACCAAACACGAUUUGGAAAAACUCAUCGAUGCCGUCAAUGCUGGUCGUCCACAAUGUCCAGUGGGGCUUAACACGCUGGUGAUUCCACGCAAAGUGAAUAUCAGUGAUCAGGUUAAUCAGCCUUAUGUGUACUUAAACUGUGGCCAUGUCCAAGGUCAUCAUGAUUGGGGACAGGAUGAGAACACCGGUGCACGCCGUUGUCCCAUGUGCCUAGAGCUGGGCCCCGUUGUUACCUUAUGCAUGGGCCUCGAACCGGCCUUCUAUGUGGACGUGGGCGCUCCCACGUUUGCGUUUAAUCCAUGCGGACACAUGGCGACUGAAAAAACUGUCAAGUACUGGGCAAAUGUGGAAAUACCGCACGGAACCAACGGCUUCCAGGCCGUUUGUCCAUUCUGUGCGACGCCUUUGGAUGGCGCGACUGGCUACAUUAAAUUAAUUUUCCAGGAUAACUUAGAUUAAAUAUAUAUAACAUAUGUAUAUGUAUAUGAGAAUAUGUACGCAUGUGUGCGAGUAUUUUUGCAAGCACAAGUGCACAUCUUUGUAGUAGAUAUGUAUUUGUAGUAAUUUAACGAUGUCCAAGUUUAAAGCAGGCAUUGAAACUAGGCUUUAUUUAUUACAAUUAACUAAUUAUUAUUAUGAAUUACAAGCGAAAUACAAAACAGCAACACACACACUCA